AUGGAAGAUAUCGACCUUGGAGAUCGGCGAGGACUAAUCGAUCUCAUUUAUGGGCAACCUCAGAAACAAAUCAACGACACUCCUUCUGCAUCGAGCAACACGCUGACACCGCUAACCGAAAACAAGAACAAUAAGAAGAAAGAGCGAUCAAAUGUUGUCUGUUCCUUCUCGACGGCUGUCAUGCUUUUUCUCCUUGCUGCAGCAGCAGUGUUUCUGUGUGGAUUUAUCGCUUACUGGUUUACACGGCAAGAAUUUGAAAUGAAAAUGGCAGAAUUAAACUAUGCGCCACAACAAAGGAGAAAUAUGUCGCAAAUGUCGGAAGAAGUCAUGUACGAAGAGGAACCGCCUCCGCAUGGUCCUACAGCUGAAGAGCUUCGAUUGCCGCGAAAUGUGGAGCCGAUAUGGUACAACUUAACCUUGAGAACAUACAUACCUGGAGUGUCUGCAGUUGAGAAUGAGAAAAAUCUCACAACCGAUGGGAACAUCAUGAUAAAAUUGAAAGUGCUGAGCACAACAGAAGAGAUCGUUUUGAACGCAAAAGACCUUUCGUUCCCAUCGGAUCCCUCAAAAGUGAGAAUUCUUAAGGAAGACGUCAAAAUAGUCAAGCGAGCACCUAUAAAUGAAACGUUGGAGGGCCUGAACGAAGAAGAAAUGUUGAAUGUAACGAAUAUGACACCAGCGCCAGUAAAAAAAUCACCACUACAACUGCAUGGCUCAAAAGUGGAACGAUUACUGUACAAUGACACUUUGCAAAAGCUUAUCCUUACCCUAGAUAAAGCGGUGCAAAGUGGAGAGGAGGUGAUCGUUCAGUUGCCAUUCAAAGGUCGCAUAACUGAGAACACCGGCGGCGUUCGGCAUUCGUGGUACAGGACAAAAACGGGCAAUAAGAAAAUCAUAAGCUACACAAGCGUUCGUCCAGGCUACACACGCAGUAUUUAUCCUUGCUUGGAUGAACCACAGUUUAAGGCGCCACUCUCUUUAGCAAUCAUUCAUCCGAGAGGAACAACAGCUACGUCUAAUGCUAUGGAACUUCACGAUUCAUCGGAAACGUCAGAACCGCUAUGGGACAAAACGACUUUUGACGCUACAUCUGCUCUUCCCACUCAGCUCAUAGGUUUCACUGUGUCAGAUUUCGAAAGUAACGAAGCGGCCACGAAAACGGGAUUGAAAGUACGUGUCUUCUCUCGCCGUGAAGCAAAAAAUUCCACGACAUAUGCCCUGGAUACGGCUGUGAAGGUGCUAGAUCUUCUCCAGGAGUACUUCAACACGCCACUUAGCAACAAUAAACUAGAUCUCUUCGCCGUCCCUACCGUAAUCGACUCAUCCACUGGAGCUCAUGGGAUCAUAUUCUUACCUGAAGAAAACAUGCUGCUUCGAUCCAAUGAUGUAACCGAACAGAAGGUAAAAGUAGCGGAAGCUGUAUCUCAGGAAAUGACCCGACAGUGGUUUGGCGACCUCGUUGUAAAUUCUGAUUGGAAUACUCUAUGGUUGAACGAAGGUUUCGCGAACUACAUGAAGUAUUUCGUUCUGGAGAAGAUUUUCGAAGGAGAUUUGGAUGGGCACAACUAUCAAACAAGCGAAUCCUUUGAACCAGCUCUCAUAGAUGACUCUCGGUCUUCCUCCCAUCCGGUAACACUAAACACAGAGACUCCAGAAAAGGCACAAGAGUUCCUUGACCAAGUGACUGCCGAAAAGAGCGGAGCUUUACUGCGUAUGAUUAAGGAGGUUGUUGGCGAAGAGGUGUUCCGCAAAGGAAUUCAGGAUUUCUUCAUGGCACACGCUAGAGGAAGUGCGAACUAUACGGAUUUUUGGCAUUCGCUCGAUAAUGCCGUAGCUGCUAAACUCAAGGCUUGGGAUGGGAGUAGGUUGAAGAUGGCGGAUUUUGGGGAAAAGUGGAUCUUGCAGAUGGGAUAUCCUGUCGUAGAGGUGUAUCGUCUCGACGCACGUACCAUUGAAUUGACUCAGCGAAGAUUUAAGUUAGACCAUCUAACACCCGAACGAGCUGAAUACCGUAAUGCCCAGUACUGGUACAAGUGGGAUAUUCCAAUAUUCUAUGAUGUGAAUGGCAAGAAGAUGGAUAUGGUAUGGCUCCACGAAGCUGUCCGAUUACCAAUCAACAUAUCUGACACCUUCCUAAUUAAUCCGGAAUCUCUGGGUUAUUACCGUGUGAAUUAUGAUGAACAGAUGUGGACAGCUAUUGCAGAUCAACUAAAGAAAAAUCAUAAGAGUUAUCCAUCGUCUGCUCGUGCAAGAAUUCUCUCAGAUGCGUUAGCGCUGGCGGAAUCCAAGCUGUUGCCGUAUGAACUCGCUUUUGAAGUCAUUUCAUAUCUACCCAACGAGAAAGAUUACCUACCAUGGAUAAGUGUGCUGAGAGGACUUGGAAAUUUGUACGGAAGACUUUCGAAAACUGAACUCGAAGAAGAAGCAAAGAAAUUUGUCUCCGAAAAACUUGCUGAAUUCUUCAAGUCAUUGGACCUUGACGACUUAAACGCUUCUGAUAACAGCAAGGUUUUAGAGAGUCAAGUGAGAAAACGAAUAGCGGUGUUGUACUGUGAUCUAUUACCAGAAGAAUGCAGAAAAAAGCUGGUCAGUCAGUUCGAAUCCAAUUUCAUGGUGCCAUGUGAAAGCUACAAUAUCGCCAGUGAUUGCUCCAAAGUUUCUCCAUCCAUUCGUCCAUGGGUAUAUUGCGUCGGCUUAGCUAACGGAGGAGAGAAAGAAUUUGAAAAAAUUAGCAAGCUUUUCACUUUGGAAGUGGACGCUGCAGAAAAACGGCAGCUACUUGCUGCACUUUCGUGCAGCAGAGAUCCUCGCAAAUUGCGGAAAUUACUCCACGUGAAUAUGCUUUCGGAAGCGAGCCCAAUUCCCGAGCAGGAUGUUCAGAAUCUUGUCGAAAGCAUGAACAAUCAAGAUGUAGGAGCAGAAAUUGUCAGCGAUUUUAUGCUUGACAACUGGAAAGAGUUCAUGGAGAGGUUCUCACAUGAUAAGAUCACUCUUUCAAAUGUCCUUAGAAGUGGAAUUCGACUAGAGAGUGAAAGGGACAUCAAACAGUUCGAACGAUUCCUCGCCGAUCACUCGUCGACCACUCUUGGCUUACAAGUGUUAAAACUGCAACUUGAAAAAGCAAGGAAUCAAGUCGAAUGGUUGAAGAAGAACAAGGAGACGAUGAAGAAGCUGCUCUCCUCAACACGCUCCGAAAAAGAGUUGUAG